AAGCAGUGUCUAAUGAAUGUGAGGAAAUAAAUGUCAAAAGUGAAAGUCAAGAAGAGAAGGCUGCUGACCAAUCAACUCCGACAGGUCAGAAACUAGGAGGCGAAAUUGAAAUCACAAAAUUGAAAGACAUUAUAUUAGAGAAAAAGAAAAAUAUCCAGACAAUACAAGAUGCGUUGAAAGGACACGUGGUGGAUAUAAGCCAACUGAAAGAAGAUGCCAAAGAACACAAGGACCCCAAAGACUCCCAGCCUGACGUCGACAAGAAUAAGGAGAAUAUAAAGGACGUCUCCGAUCUGAACAGCAAGCGCAGACAAAGUCCCGACGGGGCUGAGGCCGACGUCGGGAUGCUGUGGGUGAUCGAGAAGCCCGAGAAGCCCGUCGUCAAAGGGGAGAAGGACAUCAACAGCCUGAACAAGACCAUUGCUGAGACGCUGAACAAAAGUAAAACCGACAAGACAGUAACGGAUAAGGAUAAGACAAAUGAUGAGAACGUAAAGAAAGCUGAAUCACCGAAGCAUCCCGACGAGGAAAAGAAAGAAGACGAAGAAAUAGAAAGACUGCUUGAAGAGGAAAGGCUUCAGAGGAAGAAAAAACGGGAAGAGAAAUAUAAGAAAGAGGAGGAGUUAGAUCUGAUGAGACAUGAAAUAAAGAUAAAUCUGGAGAGACGGAAGAAAUCAAAACAAAAAGAAGAAUAUGUUAAAGAAGGUAAAGAAGAGGUGGAGGAAGGACAAACUAAAAGGGAAGAUUCGAAACAAGAGGAAGUAAAACAGAAUAUCGAAGAACAUAAAGAAACAACACCAAAAACGAAGGAUGAGGAUGGAAGUUCAAAAGAAGAACAAAAGAAACAAACAAAGGAUAAGGAAGGGGACAGAAUUAAAGAAACGACGCAUACACAGGAUAAUGCUCUAAAGGAAAUUCAGAAUCUGCAAAGUGACGAGAGGGAGAAAGAGGAAAGGAAAGAUAAGAAGAGAAAUAACCGUGAACAAGAAUCAAAGGAACCAGAAGCAAAGGGCGAUAUGCAUGAAAUUGAAAACAUCGGUGAUGAAGCACUCCAAAGACGGAGGGAGAAGGAGGAACGGAAGGAAAAGAGAAGAAAACGGCGAGAAGAAAAAGCAAGAAUAAAAGAGGCGCUACGAAAUGAACAGAACAGUGACGAAAAUCUAUUACAAGACCUUCGCCGACUGGAAAUGGAAAAGCGAAAAGAAAAAGAGGAAAGGAAACUGAGGAAACAGAAGAAGCGCGAACAAGAAACAAAAAGCCCGGAAGCCAGAGACCCGGAGCAAGAGGGAUGGGAGCGAAGCCGGAGGGAGCGAGCGGCUGACGAAGAGAGUGAAAUUCAACGAAGAGGAGAAAGGGAGGAGGCAAAGCGGCACGAAGAGAGCCAAGAAAAUGCCAUCGAACCUAAACGAGAAACAGCAGAGGAACAUAAAGAGAAAACGGACAGAAACAAAAAGAAUCGAGAAGUAAAAGCGGAGCAGGAAGAGGCGCUGCGUCACAGCAUAAAUAACAAGGGCAGCUUCGGUGACUCAACAGCCACUGUUAUAUCUGUGCUUGACGACCGCAGUUCCUUGCAUGACCGAGCUCCGGACGCACUUGACGGGAAGACGAAAGUCAAGGAAAAUGAUAAUCAUAGAGCCAAACAAGAAAGCUACCUUGAGAAGUCCCAUGAGAUAGGAAACGGCAGCGAAACGGAAAAACCUUUAAUACGGGAUGGUAAGAGAGAAUCGCCAAAAGUGGACGAGACACAGACUGCGAAACCCGACAUGAAAGAGAGCAAAGUCAAGGAGCGCAGUCCCAGAGGGGAGGACAGAGGCCAGGAGGAACCGACGGAAGACGCGGCGCAAACGACUGCAAGACGAAGGAGGAGAAGAAAGGAAGAUGAAGCGGCAGCGGAAGAGGCUACGAUUGGAGGACUGUUCAGCGGCAUUUCCAAUUUCACUGUUCUUAAGAAAUUCGAAGAGCUGGUUGCCGAACGGAGAAAGAGAAAAAGCAAGCGUCUGGAAAAUGAUUCGAACCAAGAGCCCCCAAAAGAAGAACCUGCUGAAGCUCCGAGACGAAGGAGAAGGACUCAGCAGGAGGAAACGAACGAAAGCCAAGCACCCACCUCCGAAGAGCCCAAAAAAGAGGAGGGAUCUUCUGUGCCUGAGGGCCAGCCAGUGCGAAGGAGGAGGCGAGUCGCGGAGGAGGACCAGGUCAGCAAAGACUACGAGGAGAUCUUUGCGCGGCGCCGGCAGCGGAGGAGCCGCCUGGUGGAGGGUGACAGCAGCCAGAUAGAUGACGACCGUCGCUCUAUGUUCGCUUCCGAGAGUCAGGAUUCCCAGCCAGUAGCAGCGAGUGACGCCGAGAAGCACUUCGAGGAAAUCCUUCAAAGGAGAAAGCGCAUUAGGAGGCAGAGAUACGUCUCCUUGCACAAGGACGACCAUGAGCCAACUGGCGGCUCCUCGCCUACGCCAGGCUCGCGGGAACACUCGUCAGAACUAAGUGAUCUUACGAAUAAAAAUCGAAGUGCCGAUAUAAAGAAAUCGCCGUCUCCUUCAAAGUGUUAUGGGAAAGACCGAAAAUCGCCGACCUAUGGAAAAGGCGACAGUGACAGUGAUUCUAGUGAUGACAACAAAGUGAAUGUGACAAGGAUAAGACAGUGUAAACCGAGCACAGACACUAAUCAUGACGUCGGCGACAGAGAGAUCUCCGGUGAUGAGUGGUUAGUGAAACAAACUGCUAACACCGAAAUACCACAGUACACUGACUGGGUUACAUACGCAUCAAGAACACCCAUGCCAAGCUUUAUACAAGGUGCAUAUGACCUUGGUGCUUGCCAGAAAAUCUUGACACAAUAA